GCCGUAGCUUACUACGCACACUGCCGUCGCAGCUAGAGAGCCUACAAACGGUUGUCUUGGUCGGGUCAGAUAGCGGCCCCCAAGUGUCAGGGUUAGUGUAAGAUAAGCGAGACAGUAUCAAGGUGCAUAAUAGUUAUAGUGUGAGAAAUUUAGUUGCGGAACGUACUGUAGAAGUAAUUUGCUGUCAGAGUGUGUUAGGUGUCACAUCCCGCGCGCGCCGAAUUUAGCGGUUUAGGCGGGCUGAAUCAACUUGAAUUCAACUGUUCAAUCCUAUUUUCAUCUCAAAAGUCGUUUUGCUGUGUGUGGAUGUUCCUUCAUUCACCUACCGUGGCCACCUCACAAUGGGCGUUCUGUCAAACUGCUUAAUUCACCAAAGCCAGACGAAUUGUAGCAAAACCAGUGGCCUGAGCGGAUAGCAAUAGCUCUGCCCACUCUCCACCUCGUUCCCUUCACUUGUUGCUGUCUCCCAGCAGAGCAGAGCAAGUCAGUACCCACUUGAGGUUUCUGAGCACUUGUAGCAAAAAGGGUGUGUAGGUUGGUCUGGGGGUUUUGAGCAACAAAGGCAAAAAAAACAAAACAAAAAAAAACACUAGUUACCUCAGUUCUAAGUUAUUCUAGUUUGCUGCUGACUAUUGACAAGUAGCAAAAUCUUACGAGACUUGCUAAGACAUUCCCUGUAAGAUUGUGAAGCGUGAAAACAUAAGAAAAAACUCCUCAUACCUGUUUAUAUCUUGAAAAGCAAAAAACAAAUCUGAAACAAGAGUCCUAGCCGCACAGCAGUAAUGUCUUCCCCGGCGAUAACUGUGGCAACUGUGAUUGCCAUGGCGGCAGCCCAGGCGGCUGGCAUGGAGAGCUACCUCUGGCUGCUGAUAGUCGGCUUCAUCAUUGCCUUCGUGCUGGCCUUCUCCGUGGGUGCCAACGACGUGGCCAACUCCUUCGGGACGGCCGUGGGCUCUGGGGUGGUGACUCUGCGGCAGGCCUGUAUCCUGGCCACCAUCUUCGAGACACUGGGCUCGGUGCUGCUGGGGGCAAAGGUCAGCGAGACCAUCCGCAAGGGCAUCAUCGACGUCAACAUGUACAACGGCUCGGAACACAUCCUCAUGGCCGGCUCCGUCAGCUCCAUGUUCGGUUCAGCCGUCUGGCAGCUGCUGGCCUCCUUCCUCAAGCUGCCCAUCUCCGGCACGCACUGCAUUGUGGGAGCGACCAUCGGCUUCACGCUGGUGGCCAGAGGCCAGGAGGGCGUCAAGUGGAUUGAGCUGCUGCGUAUCGUUGCCUCCUGGUUCCUUUCUCCACUGCUCUCCGGUAUCAUGUCUGCUGUUCUCUUCUACUUUGUCCGCAUGUUCAUUCUGCGCAAGAAAGACCCAGUGCCCAAUGGGCUGAAGGCUCUGCCAGUGUUCUACGCUGUCACCAUGGGGAUCAACCUCUUCUCCAUCAUGUUCACUGGAGCACCGAUGCUGGGCUUCGACAAGAUUCCAUGGUGGGGUACCCUCCUCAUCUCCAUUGGCUUUGGUAUCCUCACCGCCUUGAUCGUCUGGUUCGUCGUCUGCCCUCGCCUCAGGAAGAAGAUCGAACGGGAGAAUAAGUCCUCCAGUCCGUCAGAGAGUCCUCUGAUGGAGAAGCGUGAGUUGGCGUCAUGCCCAAUCCUAAAGGCGGUGCCAGAGGAGGAGGUGACCAUUGACCCGCCCCCCCAGAGCCCCCCUGCCACCGAGGAGCGCAGAGUCACCUUCAACAUCGGCGGAGACUCGGACGACGCAGACUGCAAAGAGACUAGCCAGGCUGCCGAGAACGCCAACAACAUCCAGAAGACGAUGCAGGUGCAGUUCAGCACGCGCUCGUCCGGCCCCACCCACGCCCCCAGUAACGGCUACAGCACCUACCACACUGUACACAAGGACUCCGGCCUCUACAAGGACCUGCUGCACAAGCUGCACAUCGCCAAGGUUGGAGACUGCAUGGGUGAGGCGGGAGACAAGCCAAUCCGCCGCAACAACAGCUACACCUCCUACACCAUGACCAUCAUCGGCAUGCACAACGAGUUCCGGCUGCGCGAGUCCGAGUUCAAGGCCUCGGCGGCGGCCUCCGGAGGAGAGGAGGGGGAUAAGGCUGGCGCAGGACAGACAGGCGCUCAGGAGCGUAAGCGUGUGCGCAUGGACAGCUACACCAGCUACUGUAAUGCGGUGGCGGAGCACGGGGCUCCAGGGGAGGGCUGCAUCGGGGAGGGAGACGUGGCCCUGACGCUGCCCAUAGAGGAGGACGCCGGCAGCAGCCACAGCUCCCUGGAGGAGCCGGAGGCCGACCGGCCCGAGGUGUCCACGCUCUUCCAGUUCCUCCAGAUCCUCACCGCGUGCUUUGGCUCCUUCGCGCACGGAGGCAACGACGUCAGUAAUGCGAUCGGCCCCCUGGUGGCGCUGUGGCUGGUGUACGAGAGCGGCUCGGUGGUGUCCAGUAACCCCACCCCCAUCUGGCUGCUGCUGUACGGGGGCGUGGGCAUCUGCAUGGGCCUCUGGGUGUGGGGCAGGAGAGUCAUUCAGACCAUGGGCAAGGACCUCACACCCAUCACCCCCUCCAGUGGUUUCAGCAUUGAGUUGGCUUCAGCCGUCACUGUGGUCGUCGCCUCCAACAUCGGACUGCCUGUGUCCACCACUCACUGCAAGGUGGGCUCGGUAGUGGCAGUGGGCUGGCUGCGUUCCCGCAAGGCGGUGGACUGGCGUCUGUUCCGGAACAUCUUCAUGGCCUGGUUUGUCACCGUGCCGAUAUCUGGCCUCAUCAGUGCCGCCAUCAUGGCCAUCUUCACCCAACUGGUCUUCCCCUCUUAACCCCUUCCUGACCACCAUGACCCCACUACCACCCCCAGCUACGCAUCGCAAUGCAACGCCCCCGCGGACCAGGAGGGAGUAGCAAGGAGAGGAAACAAGGGAUCGGCUUCUCUCUGGAGAGGGGAGAAGAGAGGAGAGGAGAUGUGGAGUGGAGUUGGCAUGAUGAGAGGAGAAGAGGGAAAAGGUGGAGUGGAGUGGAGUGGAUGGUGAUGAACCCCCUUCCCAACUGUGGGCAGAGGAAGGACGAGAGGGGGGUAGAAAAACUAAAGAAGAAAAAAAAGUAUCCCCUUUUUUUGCCCGAGUCCCCUCCCCUCCCCCACCCCUGGGGUUCCUGGCUGCUGUUACCCUAUUGGCUGGCGCGCUCUGGCCACUGUGAGCAUGCUCUGUUGGUGUGCCAGGGGCCAGCGUGCCAUGGGAACAGCUUUUCCUCUUUCUUUUCCACAUUUCACUUCCUUCGUCUUCUCUAAACUUUGGCAGUAUCGUUGCCACCUCAAUGCGUAGUCAUUGUACAUAGCUUAAUCUCUUUUGGGGGCGGGAGGAGUGGGGAAGGGGAAGGAUUUUUGUUUUUUUGCUCUGGUUCUACAAUUCAUUUUUAUAUUGUAAUUAUGUACAUAUAUUUUCCUUUUUUAAAGAAAAAAAAGACAAACUGUUCUACAAGUUUAAGUAUGUGAUCAAUUUCAAUGCAGUAUUGGCCUUGGCUGUGGGGCUUCGACUCCAUGGAGAAAACACGAUGACAAAACGAGGUUCACUGCCGCUGGCCUGUUGGCGGUGUGGAAUGCAUCAAAGUGCAGUGUUUGCGUUUGUAUGUAUGUGAGUGUGCAUGUGUGUGUGUUUGCUUGUUGAGGACUGGGCAUAUACGGUAUGUGCUACCCGGGGAGAAAUUUAGGCGUUGAAUCAGCCAAGGCUUGGCAUGCGAGCAGUGAUGCGUUUUAAAAUAACGCAGAAUCGAUUCCUCUUGUAAACAAGUUGCGCGUUAGGACAGGUGGGCAUUGUAGGCCUGCAUAUUAUGUCUAAAGGUGGCAUGGGCACAACAAGAGGCCCAUCUGAGGGUGAGGAAGGGAGUGGCUGUUUCUCUCGGUUCACCUUAUAACACUACAGUUCAACAGAGUCACAUGCUCUGCUUCAGACCUCAGUAUGACAACACGGGUGGUUACUCGGCUCACCCACCCAAAGGGGGCGCUGUUUAGUCAUGUUAACAUACGACCCUUCCCCUCAUAUAUAUCACAGUAUAUUAAUAAAUAAUAACCAUCUUGUGUUAUCUGGUCAUGCUGUAUGUGCAAGACUUCAAAAAAGGGAAACCAAUGCAAAUGAUUGAUUAAUAUGCUUAAUUACUGUAAUCAAUGCACCUAAUGCAAGAAGCUUGUAAGACGGCUCGUUGCUGUGCAGUAUAUCUUUAAAACACCAUUUAAUCCCAAUUAGUCAGCCAUUUUAAAGCCUACAGUUGAUACUCGCUAGUCAUGCUAGAUUAGUAAGGCUUACCGCACGAUUUGGGCUUUGCGUGCGUGUGUGAGUGUGUAUGCUUGGCAGUGGAUGGGAUUGGGCCAUUUUCUGUGUCUGUUGCCAUAACACAGUUUUCAAUAACACUCUGGUGUUCCUAGGAGACCUGCGUCCCUGUCAAGUUACCAUUCUCUCCAGUUAAGGUACACCACCGUCUUGCGUGCUCAUGAGCUCUGCCUGCUGUCUAUUGUGGUGUGUCUGGCCCUCAGUCACAGGCUGGGAGCACUGGCCACCAUAUAUUACUCUUAGUUUACGAUCAUAUUGUUUACCAAUACACAUUUUGAGUCAUGCAGUUUACCAACCUGUACUUUUGAAGACCUUGAAGUAUCACUUGUGACAGUGCAGUGAAGAGACAUCGAUGCUGGAACACGAUUUACAAUGUGUUUAUUGAUCUCUUUUUAAAAUUCUGAAUCCAUUUUUUUUAUUUGUUUUGUUUGUUUUUGAUUUGAUUACCUGUAAAACUUGACUGUGUCUGACACAUAGUGAAGACGCCGUAAUGUAUAUCAGCUCUGUUCUGCUCUGCUCGGCCUUCCCUUAGCCCUGCUGCUGCAAUGCAGCUCCGAGAGGAGGGGAGGGGAGGGGGGAAAAACAGCCUGACGAAGCCCUUUUAUGCUAUUCUCAAUGGAACACACAGGCGCGUAAAUACGCACACAUACGCAGACCCCUGUUUGCUGUGACGUGCACACACUAGCACAUGCUCUGGCACAUGCUCUGCUUGUCCACAUGCUGGUCCACGCGGUGCCCGGCCCCCCGUGUCCGGUGGUGGGGGGUGUCUGCAGUGGUCCACGCAGGGGAGGGGAGGGGAGGGGAGAGGAGGAUGCUGCGCUACCAUCACCUCCACAACUGCUUACAGUGCAGGCUGCAAAACAUGACAUAAAGACUCUAGACUUGCUGUAGUUGCCUUAAUUUUUUUUCCCUUUGUAUUUUUCUUUAUGUUGCGGUUGUAUUUGUUUUCUUUAGGUACCAAAGAAAAAGAUUGUGUGGGCGUGUGUUUGAGCGAGCGUAUGUGUGCUGUUGUACCACCCUUUUUGUUUUUUCUUUUUUUUUUAAAAGUCAAUUGUGACUGGGAUUUGAAAAACAAAAAUAAUAAAAUAUGAAUAAAAAUUGUAAAAACUA